GAGUUUCCAGUCUGCGAUUCAGCAGCCAGAAGUGCUCAGCAACACAACUCCCUGUUACCCAGAGCAGUUUCUUGCCUGGGCUGCACAUGUAACACAAACCUCAGUCUUCUGUUUUGAAGUGGAGCCGGUCGAGUGUUGAUUUCAGGAGGCAGUCACAGGGACUGAGAAGACAGAAGAUGCUUGGUAAACCUAUGGAGAAUUUGAAAUUGCCAAGUCAUUGUGAUGCUCUGCUGUCGAUCUGAAGGGAUACAGAAGCAACUGCUGGUUGAAGAUUAAAACUGAAAGCAGUUUCAGACAAGGUGACCUGCCAUUGGCCCUGUUUACUGUAUGUUUCCUGGAGGUGAAGAUAUCCAAUAUCUUACUGGCUGCAUUCUACUUAUAAUAGUUCAUGAGACUAUAUGAAGCAAUGCUGCUGCGGGAGGCAGAAGGUAGCAACUUCCAGAUACAGAACUAUCUUUGUCUGAGACUUCAACUCUUGCAAAGAUGAGCUUGAUUAUGCAAAUGAAAGCCUGAAGUCUGCCAAAGGGAGGAGAGAAGUACUGAAGAAAGAGUAACUGCGGACAGUGCAAGUGGUGCAGAGGAGGAAAGAGAGAGGCACAAAACUUAAAUACGGAAGAGGGAUGAUAGAGCGUUUUUAGUCUCGCUUAGUCAACAUAUACAAACUGAACGACUGGAGAUGGAUUAUCUUAUCAGACGACCUGUGAUAUUAUCUGACAGACCUCCUCCCAGCUUCCUGCUGCAUCAUUUUUGACUGUUAAGGAACACCCACACCACUGUCAUCUUGUGAAAUGCUCAGUAGUUUUUACCAGUUAUGGGGAUUUUUACUUGCCUGAUGAAGAAACUUCUUUAAGUUCACUAGAAAUAUGGGGUAUACUGAAUCAUCUUUUAAUAUAGUUAGUGUUACUUAAUAAGUCAGAGCUGAUAUUGCUGAAGGAAGUACUUGAUGUGCUCACCCAUCCUGUUUCUAAAAUAUAUCCAACGUAAGCAUGACUGGAACAUCACAGUCAGUCAUGGGCCAGUCUCAUCUCUAAAGAUGCAAGCACGUGUUGGUGCCCUUGACGUGACUGAAAGAGAAAAUUAACCCCCAGGAAGAUCUGAAGAUGACUAUGUCCUCUCCUGUGGGACCAGAAGGUAUCACUCUGGCUCAACCCAUCCCUGUCCCAACGCUGACUGUCCUGCCACCAUCCUCAGAUACAGAGUCCUGGUCUCGCUCACCUAGCCCCAGACUGUCACGCUUCAGCCGCCACAGUCGAUCCCACCGUAGCAGGACCCGAACCAAGAAACGAAACGAGGAGGAGCAAAGCUGCACUCCUAAGCGGGGUAAAAUGCCACAAAUUGUAAUAGAGGAGACUGCAGAGAAGGGCGUGAUUCGACACAGAAGCCCCUCGCCCUCCCCCUCUGUGGCCACGCAGAUGGAAGGGGAAGAGCAAGGUCAAGACAGCCCCUCACAGGAUCUUCUCCUUCCACCAUCUCGCUCAUGGUCUCGUAGUCCUUCUCCCAGCCGCCGCUCCCGUUGGUCCCUCAGGAGCCUGCUCAGCAGAGACUCUGACUGGGACAGCUGCAGUACGGCCAGUAAUUCUCCACGCAGCACCCCUGGCAGCUCUCCCUCCCUGCGGCGCAGGGUCCUUGGGGGUGGCAGGGCCAGUGAGAUCGAGGGAGGAGGAGAGAAGAGCACUAGUGGAGGAGGUGGAGGUUCAGAUAGCCCCCUGCCCUCCAUACCCUCUGCCUCCUCCCUUACAUCUGCCUACCCACUUGCUUCACGCCACUUCAGCCGCAAUGCCAAGAAAAUGCAGAGUUGGUACAAUGUUCUCAGUCCUACAUACAAACAGCGGAAUGAGGAUUUUCGGAAACUCUUUAAGAAACUCCCUGACACAGAGCGGCUUAUAGUGGAUUACUCUUGUGCACUGCAGAAGGACAUACUGCUCCAGGGCCGUCUUUACCUGUCAGAGAAUUGGCUCUGUUUCUACAGUAACAUCUUCCGGUGGGAAACCACUAUAACUAUCCUGCUGAAAGAUGUGACCUCUAUGACCAAGGAGAAGACUGCUAAGCUCAUCCCAAACGCCAUCCAGAUCAGCACUGACAAUGAGAAGCAUUUCUUCACAUCUUUCGGAGCAAGAGAUCGCAGCUUCAUGAUGAUUUUCCGUCUGUGGCAGAACGCACUGCUGGACAAGUCUCUAUCCCCCAAGGAGCUCUGGCACAUCGUACACCAGUGUUAUGGCACUGAACUGGGCCUCACUAGUGAAGACGACGACUAUGUCUCCCCCACUGCCGAACACAUGAACGGCCUACUGCCAGGAGACGAGUCAGUGUCGGUCACCGAUCUACUAGACCUAAGCACAGUGUCAGUUCCCUCUACGGGCAGCUCUCCCCCUCCCCUGGUGCCCUGUGGUCCAGCCAGCCCUUCCUCUGCUACAAACCUCGGGGGCUCCUCUCCUCCUUCCUCCACCUCCUGUCUGCCCAUAGAGGUGCCUUCCUCAUCUGGACGCAGACUCAGCUCUGACCCCCUCGAACCCAGCCCGCCCAGCUCCCACAGCUCGCUGCCAUCCACUACUCCCACCAACGCCUCUGCCUCUGCCUCUGCCUCUGCCUCUGCCCCGGCAUCUGCUGGUGCCUCCUUUAAUCUGGAAGAAGGUGGGGACAGCCUGUCCGAGUCAGCCAAUCACAUGCUGCCCCCGCCAACCACCAGUCUGGGAAACCUCUCCUCAUUGGACAUCACCAACGAUGAGGAACUGCCCACAGACCCCAGCAACUCCUCUGACACGCAAGAAGAGAGUGAAGUGGAAUCAUUCUGUGCUGACCUGAGUGGGCGGCUGCACAUAAACACUGUGGUCCGCAUGAGUGUAGACAAGCUACACGACCUGCUCUUCUCUGCGGAUACACACUUCAUCCAGCACCUUUUCUCUCAGCGACAUUUCACUGACCUGUCGGUGGGUGAAUGGCAGCAGGACAGCAGCAGUGGGAAUACCAGCCGUGUGCUUAGCUACACCAUAGCCCUCAACAACCCCCUCGGCCCCAAGACUGCGCCUGUGGUGGAAACACAGACUUUGCAUAAGAGCAGUGCCCGGGGUGAGUGCUUUGUAGUGGACUCCGAGGUCAUUACCUCCGGCAUCCCCUACCAGGACUACUUCUACACUGUCCACAGAUACUGCCUCACCUCCAUCAACAAGCACAAGAGCCGGCUCAGAGUUUCCUCAGACAUCUGCUACCGGAAGCAGCCGUGGAGCCUGGUGAAAGCAUUGAUUGAAAAGAACACCUGGAGCGGCAUUGAGGAGUACUACAGACACAUGGAGAGCGAGGUGUGCAAGCUGGAGACGCUACUACAGGCUGAGGUUUCCGUGGUAACCACAGGUGAAGCAGUGGGCGCCGAUACUGCCAAGACCCCACCAGCCCUGCGCCGCCGCAAACGCACCUGCUCUCGACGGCAGGGUGAGAGGGAGAGAGAGAGGGAUGGAGGAGGCGUGGGCCCCGGAGAACGAGGGGAUAGAGGAGUUGGAGAGGAGAGGGAGAGGAGAGAAGCCAGUGCUCAGUAUAUGAAGCUGGGAGACCGUUCGCGUGGUGGAGGACACAACAGUAUAUCCACCAUCCUACUCAUUGUCAGCUUCAUUCUGGUGGUGCUGGUGGCUCUCAACAUGCUGCUGUUCUACAAGCUGUACGCUCUGGAAAGAGCGGCCCAUACACUGGAGACAUGGCACUCCUAUUCUGUUGCUGACAGCCCUUUGCCCCAGACGGCUGGAGAGUGGGCUCAGGUCUUACAGCUCCAGAGGCAGUUUCAUCAGGCUCAGCUCAGCAAGUGGCAGCAGAUCUUGCAGUCCUCGGUCACGCUUCUCGACCAGAUGAAGCAGUCUUUAGAAAAACUCCACCGGGGUAUUGUGGUCCCAGAGGUGCAGCAGGACCCCCAAACCGACACCCUCACAGAGUCCUUGACUGAGGCCUGAGCCCUACCUCUUCUGGUCAGCACCCCUCUGACUGUCCCCCAUUUCUAAAAAACACCCUGGUGGACCCUCUGUUCACUCUCCUUUUGAAAUCCAAAACCAGGUGUGGGACAUGCGGUUGGGGGGGUGUGGGGGACUUCAUCACCCACAACUCUCUUCGCCUGACUGACUUGAAAUGGCGACAUUCGCCUUCAGCCUCAACCAGUGACAACUUUGGUGAACUCAUUCAGACUGGAAGCUAUCAGGACCACAGCAAUAAUUUACCUAUGUAGUGUAUGGAAACAGGCCACUGGUGGGCCGAUUCAGACCAUCCACUCCUCAAAAAUCAUA